ACAACAAAAAGCCUAUAAAAAAUUAGCAGAAAGUCCAAAUUCACGAAGCCCAUGGAGGUUUCUCGACACUCACAGAAGCAGCAUCCUCAUUCACCGCCACAUUCCAGAGCUUAAUAUAGCAACCGCUUCCUCCCCUGAGAUUUAGUAAAUAGGGUUUCAUUACCCAAAAAUAAAAAAAAAUCACAAAAAAAUCUAAUUCGGAAACGGUACCUGAUUUUCCAAUGGAGUCCACCAAAGAACAACACGGGUUACUGCAGCAGAUUCUACCCCCGCGCCUCGAAGACGCAGGCCUUGAAGAUUGUGCUCUUCCGCCUGAAUCUAUCCACCAAGCAUUCCUCAAAGCAGCCUCCGCCGUGAAGUCUGCCGCCGCGAUUUUCUCCGAUGACGAUGACGAGACCGCCGGAGAUUGCGUCAACGACCCGUGGCCAGCCGCAGCCGAGGGAACCUCCGACGCCGUGAUCGGGAUCGAGCCGAACGAGCCGCCCGGAGCAUGUGCCAUCGAGAAAGGAUGCGAAGAAGGCGGCGAUGAGGUGAAAGUCUCUGGUGGAAGCGGCGGCGACGAGGUGGAGGAGGUUGUGGAUGAAAUUGUGGUUGGAGAAGGAGCUAAAUUGGGAGAAGGUGAAGAAGAACCUUGCAUUGAUGAAUUGCAAGGUUUGGGAAUUGAAGAUGAUGAAAGGAAGAAUAAGAAGAAAAAUGGUGAAGAAGAAGAGAAGAAACCUACUUUAAUUGAAGGCUAUGUAUGAAAGGUUUUUGUUCUGGGUAGCCCUGGUUUUUUGUUUUCAUUUUAAUUCUCCGUUAUUAAGAAAUUGUACUUGUUUGUUUUGUAAACUGUAGCUGCAAAUCUGCAAUGUCAAUGUCUUUCUUUCUUCAAAUCAUGAGGUGGAUUUUCUUUUCCUGAGAUUUUUGUUUGAAAGAGAGUAUCUCUUUGAUUUUCAAUGAAUUCAGUCUAGUUGUAUUAGAGCUGUUGUUGAGAUCAGAA